UGGAUCAUACGGAACAAAAUUCUGGUUGAUAUUUACACCUUACACCAUGUAAAUAUUGUGGAAAAUGAAAAAUAAUGUCGAAGCGGGCAAAUAAGAAUACAAACAACCAAGCUGAAGAUGAAGAUGAUGAGGAAAUCCCCGAGGAAUACUUACAAAAUACACAAGAUAAGGGCGAAAGGCUCAGGAUACGAACUGGCUACAGAACACUCAUUGAAGACUUGAAUAACAAAAAGCAUGAGUUAGUUAAUCCUGAAAACAACACUUUAACAGAAGCAUUAGAAGUAGCCAAUACUCUGAAUAAGGAUGUGAGGACACCCAGAGAAGGGGCUCUUGAUUCAACAGCUAUCCUCACAAUAUCCAGUUUAGCCAGACAACAGGCUGACAACUUAAACACAGAUUUUGUUAGAUUUGAACCAAUAGAAUUUGCUGAGAAACUGGUAGCAUUUAUACAGAGAGAGAACAAUGCUCCUUCAGAUUCACAUAGCAGGAUUUCACCAGAUGGAUGGAAAAACCUUGGUGCCGCAGGACAGAAGCUGUUUAGUAAAAACCCACCAUUUCAUUUCAUGGCAGGGUCUUUUGACAGAGAUGUGAAAGAAAGACCACCCAAAAAUCCUAAUAAGCAAAAAAAUGCUGACAAGGAAACUAUUGACAAAGAGACUAUUCCUAAAAAGAUGCAAUCUUUUGAUGGCACUGGUGGUAAAAAUGAAGCCACAACAGCAGAAGUAGAACGGGUAUUGGAUAUUUUGCAGAAACUUUAUAAGCAAACAGAUGAAAAUCCAAUUUGUUUCUUUGAAUUCGUUUUAAAUCCAGAAUCAUUUGGUCAGACCAUAGAGAAUAUAUUUUACACCUCAUUUUUAAUAAAGGAUGGUUUAGCAAAGACAACACUAGAUGAAGAUAAUUUACCAUUGAUAGAGCCUGUAGAGAACAAUGAAGCAGAAAGAAAUAAACAACACAUCAAAACUAGAAAUCACCAAACAAUUCUGUCUAUAACUCCUGCUGAAUGGAAGGAAUUAAUACGUGUCUAUCAAAUAGAAGAACCACUUAUACCAACCAGAGAUCAUACAAUACCUCCAACUAAAAAACCAUUAAUAGAAUCUAAAACACAGAACGGUGCAACUUCACGUGUAAAAGGAAAGAAAUGAUUUACAUACGGAAGCUAAAACACACAAUGGUACACCACCAACUGGGAAAUGAAAGAAAUGAUUUACAUACGGAAGCUAAAACACACAAUGGUACACCACCAACUGGGAAAGGAAAGAAAUGAUUUACAUACGGAAGCUAAAACACAUAAUGGUACACCACCAUCUAGGAAAGGAAAGAAAUGAAGCUCAUAAAGAAGAAGUUGGGAAAAAUUUCAGAACAACCUAGAUUACACAUAAUGCAGACCUUAUUUUUAAUGUGCCUUUACUUAUUUUUAUUCAUUAUCAAUAAUUAAUACUCAAAACUCACCACUAUGUUUUCAGUGUUUUUUAAGGACUUAUAGAAUAGUGUGCAAAUAAGAAUCAUGUUAAAACCUGACUUCAGUGAAACAUUAAAUAUUUCUUACAUAUUAUUAUUUCUAUUGUAUUGUUGUUAUCUAGUCAUGUAAAAACUUCAGUAAAAGUAGAUGUUGUUUUCUCUUGCAGAAAAUCACUAAUAACUUUAUGUUUUGAAAUUGUCUAUAUAUAUUCAAUACUUACCCUGCAUGCAUUUUAUCACAAACAAAUACUGAAAGCAUUUUAAAAUGAUUUAUAGAAGAACCAGUUUUGGAAGAAGUUGUAGGGUAUUGUAUAAAGAUAUAGAACACAUAUUUUUUUUCUUUUGUACGUAAUAUUUUAUUGUUAGUGUGAAAUAUUUACUGUUGGAAAAUAUGUUUGUAAUUUUAUUAUUUGAAGAAAAAAAUUGAAGAUCCUUUUCAAAUUUGGAUGCAGGUUUCCACUCAUCAAUACCUUGGACAAGUUGGAUAAUUCUAAAAUCAUAAAUGGGGGACCAUUUAGUAGGUAGGGGUGUUUUGAAAAUAUCCCAAAUUAAUUCUAGGAUUGUGCCUUAUUUUUUUAUCAGAUCCUUUUCAAAUUUAUAUAAAGAUUUUCACUCUUCAAACCAACAAAUGAGUUUGUUUAUCAAAAAAAUCUCAAAAGGGAGGCCAGUUUUUAGAGGGUUACUUGUACAAAAGAGCAUUGUGUUUGUGAACUUCUUCAUGAAAGAUUAUUUCAUUGAUUGGAAUUAAUGGGAGCCAGAAAGAGAGCAUUCCUAUUUCCAUACUCAUACAUGUUUCGUUUUCAACAGUGCAGAUAUUUAUUUGCCUUUAUUUUCAGCAUUUAUUUUACUUUUUUACCUGUUAGUCCAUGCAAUUUUAAAAUUAUUUGAUACUUUUGAAAAUGACUACUAGUGUUUAUUGCAUAAACCAAAUGAUAAAAUUACAGUUUUUUUAACCAGUCAAUUAGAGGUGCAUUAGCUUUUAAAACUGACAGCUUUUGAAAAUCAGAUCCCUUAAAAUAAUGGCUUUAGAAUAGCUGGCUGUUGUACUAAAGUGAAGUCAUUGAAAGCCAGCUGUCAACCUAAGCAAGUUUAAAUUUUAGAUGACUCAAUAUUUAUAAUGAAGCUUGUUACAUUAAAGAAAAUAGUUGUUUAGUUAUUUGGUUUUGUGAAAAAAAAAUUGGUUUAUUUUGAUAAUAGGUAAGAUUAUAAAACAAAAAAUUAUUGGUUUCAUUCUGUCUUAUCACAGAAAUUUAAAUUUGAUUUUUUAUCGAUCUUUAUUUGUAAAUCAUUGAGUUGUCUCCCUUUUCAGGAUUCUUUUCAUUGUAUUCUACAGAAUUUCGUCUCCUUUGAAAAAAUUCUAAAUAAAAGUUUACUUUUACAGCAUUGGUCGUAAUUUUUACUUGUUAUAUAUUAACUUAAAGCAAUAAUUCUAAUCAUUUGAUUUUUUAAUGGGCAGCAAACUCAUAUCAAAGUCUUGUGUUCAACUUUUGAUAUCACUUAUUAUCAAAGAUAUUGGUAUUUCAUUUCACAUCAAUACAUUUUAUUUUACAUUACCUGUUUUCUUCAUUAGUUUCAUUUCUUAAGUUACUGAACAAAGAUGUACAUUUUAUUUGUGAUAGUAUUUUUAGUUUUAAGUUUUUAAUGUAUCAAUUGUUUUUAGAUAAAAAUAAAUGUAGGAGAAAUGUUUCCUAGAUUGAGGUAAACAUGCUGUAAAUAUUAAUUCUACAUGUUUUAGUAUUUUAGUGGUCUGGUACAAUGAAAAAGGUCAGUGUUUUUCAUAGAGGGUUUAUACAUAACAGUAACCCCAUGCUUUAAUUAAGCCUCUUUUUUUCAUAAUGUGAUAAUCCCUAUUACUCUAGAUAAGCACUACCCUUCAAAAUUUGUGACCACCAUCAUUUCAGUCAACCCCCCCCC